AUGCAUGAGCUCUUCUCUCUUCUCGAAUCCCUACGGCACCCAAUCCAAGAUCUUGGUAUUCGCAACCUGCAAGCGGAUAACCCCAAAGACCCGAAAACACUUGCGAAAAUGGGAAAGGUCCUGUUGGGCCUACUGUCCCUUCGCCUAAGCAUUGCCAGCGAGACAAAUGACGCCGCUCCUGAGCAUGAUCUCGAGUAUCCGGAAAUCCGCAAGUUUUUCAAGGAGUUGCCCAGCACAUGGCUGAGUCCCGCUGCGCCUUCUCUCCAACAUCUCUCGCUCUGCUCGCGUGAAUACUCGGGCUUUUACCCUCACCUGGAUCUCUCCAAUCUGUUCUUUCCACGCCUGAAGACGCUAUCACUAGGAAACUUCUGUUUCUUUUAUGAUGGCCAAAUCGACUGGAUUCUGAAGCAUGGCGACACCCUCGAGGAAAUAUACUUCGAUGACUGCGCCAUCCUCUACGACUUUUGUAUGAUGGAAGAGAAUGUGGACGCCUGUGCUCUACCUAGGGACACUUUGGUGCGCCGCGAGGGCGGUGAGUCUUUGUAUGGUUCGUUCGAGAAGCGAUGGCACCAUAUUUUCGAUCUAUUUGCAGAGAAACUGCCAAAACUGCGCCACUUUCGAAUCGGCCGUAGUAAUUGGUACCCGGAUAUUCCAUUUGAGCAGGAGAGGGAUAUCAAGGUCGGACUGUAUUAUAAUCGGUACAUGUGCUGCUAUGAUGGAUAUGGCCCAUCGCCUUAUAUGGAAGGUGAGGAUCCCAAAGAACUCGCAAACCUUGAGUGGAGACCAUCACCAGAAUGUGACGAUGAGGAUCGCGCGGCACUGCGGAAACUAUUGGCAAAGCUUGGGCAAUCGGUCCAGGAAAGUUAUUCGAAUAGACACUGUGGUGGCCGUAUAGUGGAUCUUGUUCAGAGGAGAUACGGAUCCGCAGAGUGA